AUGAGACCAGACUUCGCAGUCGUGCUAUUCACACUCCUCACGUCGACGAUCGCGUCGGUCACCCAUGCACCCCGCCGCAUAGAACGCAACGACAUAGAGGGCCCCGAGUCCGGGAAAGCCCCCUGUUAUGGACGAGGCUGUCGUUAUCCGCAAGGCCGUUCUGGGCAAGGCUGUUCUGGGCAAGGCUGUUCUGGGCACGAGCUUUACAAGCGCCGUGGCGGUGGUGGUGGUGGAGGCCGUGGAGGUUCCAGCGGCGGAGGUUCAAGAGGAUCAUCUGGUGGGAGUUCCCGUGGAAGCAGUGGAAGCGGCAGCAGUCGCGGAAGCAGCAGUAGCGGUAGUGGUUCAAGAGGCUCAUCAUCUCGUCCAGGUUCUUCAUCAGGCAGCGGUGGCUCCCGUAGCUCCGCCGGCGGCGGCUCUCGUGGCGUCGGUCCGCAGCCAAGCUUCGCAGGCGGUCGAUAUUACCCCGGUGGUUCUUCGAAACCUUAUAAGUCUGGCGUCUCAAGUCCCGGAAGAAUUGCACCCUUCGCUCUAGGCGGUGCAGCUCUGGCAUUCUGGCCUGGCGUUUGGCUCUACGGUGCAUACAUGUAUCCUUACUCGCACCCCUACCACUACCAUAACGAAACCAGCGACGAGGAUGAGGAACGCGACGUCCUCUGUGGAUGCUCGCGAUACGAGUAUUGUGCGUGCGACGACAACAACAGCACCCAAUACUUCGACGAACUCAUCGGAAACGGAAGCUACGACGCACUUAACAAGUCCAUCGUCAAUGUUGCAGAGGUCAACGGCACAAUGACAAUCCUCAUCAACGGAACUCUGCCCAACGACACAGCUCUCCCUGACGAGGAUGCAUCAGAGAAUGGAGCAUUGUCAAGACGGCAAGAUUUACCAACAAUCCACCAUUUUGAGGAUAUCGGCAAGGGUUUCAUGGGGCUGGUCAUCGCGGCAAUAGUCAUGAAUGCCAUCUAG